AGGGGGACAGCCUACGCUCCAACCCCUGCUGCAAGAAGGAAAGCACGACACCGAUCGAGCAUCUUCGGGGGUCCUCUCGACGAGAAGAACACCACUCGACGAACAGGUUCCACUUCAAGGCGUAAGCCCGUCUCGUAGACGGUGCCGAAGUGAUGGUGUUAAGUACCUCAGGGGGUAAGUCACCUAGAACCUCCGCGUCCCGUCCAGGGACCAGACAUGGAGUUUCCAGAGGUCUGGACGCGGGUGCCAGAGAGUGCCCCGUCUCUGAGAAAGAAGGUCCUUCCUCAGAGGAAUGGGCCAGGGAGGGGCUGUCGCGAGGAGUGAGAGUUCUGGGAACCAGGUCUGGUUGGGCCAAUAGGGCGCAACUAGCAGGACCUGCUCCUCGUCCUCCCUGACUUUGCACAGGGUCUGUGCAAGUAGGCUCACUGGGGAAAACGCAUAUUUGCGAAGGCCCCGGGGCCAGCUGUGCGCCAGUGCGUCUGUUCCGAGUGUUCCCCCGGACAGGGAGUAAAACAACCGGCAAUGGGAGGUUUCUGGUGAGGCAAACAGGUCUACCUGAGCCUCUCCGAACUCUCUCCAAAUCAGCUGGACCACCUCGGGGUGGAGUCGCCACUCUCCUGGCCACGCAGCUCGUGAUAGCUCGAUGGGGGGCGAGUUGCGACACGCGACAGGAGCGUAGACCACCUUGACGGUUGAUGUACGCAACGGUCGCAGUGUUGUCCGUACGGACCAGUACAUGCUUGCCCCGUAGCGGCCCUUUGAGGCGGCUCAGGGCAAGGCGUACCGCUAGCAACUCGAGGCAGUUGAUGUGCCAAUGCAGAUGGGGGCCCGUCCACACCCCUGACACUGCAUGCCCGUUGUACGUGGCACCCCAGCCUGUGGCAGAGGCAUCCGUGAAUACCACAGCAUGCCGGGACACCUGCUCUAGGGGUACUACAGCCCGAAGAAACAAGGGGUCCGACCAUGGGCUGAAGGUUUGGCGGCACUCCUGAGUGAUUGGCACCCGGAACGUGCCGCGUUGCUCCACGGCCGGGUCCCGAGAUGGGCGUAGCCAGUGUUGAAGCGGUCUCACAUGAAGCAGACCGAGCAGGGUUACUGCCGCUGCGGCUGUCAUAUGCCCCAGGAGCCUCUGAAAAAAAUUUCAGUGGAACCGCUGUCCUGCCGUUGAACAUAUUCAGGCAGUUCAACACCGACUGAGCACGUUCCUCUGUGAGGCGUGCUAUCUGUUCGACCGAAUCCAACUCCAUACCGAGAAAAGAGAUCCUCUGCACCGGGGAGAGUUUGCUCUUUUCCCAGUUGACCUGAAGACCCAACUGGCUGAGGUGUCUGAGCACCAGAUCCCUGUGUUCGCACAACUGAUCCCGGGACUGUGCCAGAAUGAGCCAGUCGUCGAGAUAGUUGAGGAUGCGAACACCCUGUUCUCUCAUGGGAACAAGGGCUCCCUCCACGACCUUCGUGAAGACGCGGGGAGACAGGGCCAGCCCGAAGGGUAGGACUCUGUACUGAUAUGCUCGACCUUCGAACGCAAAACGCAGGAAUGGCCUGUGUUGCGGAAGAAUCGAAACAUGAAAGUAACUCGCAGAUUCAAAGAUUCAAAACUCGCAGAUCCAGGAUCGGUCGUAACCCACCGCUUUUCUUGGGUACAAUGAAGUAGGGACUGUAGAACCCUGACCUCAUAUCGGCUGGAGGGACCGGCUCUAUCGUGUCCUUCGCCAGUAGGACUGCGAUCUCCGCCCGCAAGACACGGGCAUCGACAGCCUUCACUGCAGUGAGGUGGAUGCCCCUGAACUUGGGGGGGACGCCGGGCGAACUGAAUCGCAUAGCCGAGCCCGAUGGUCCGAAUGAGCCAGCGAGACGGACUGGGGAGCGCUAACCAGGCUCGCAGAGACCGUACAAGUGGGAUCAAAGGGACCGCAGGCGUACCCACAGUGAGGCAGCGAGGUGGAACACAGGGACGCAGCUCGGGAGGCUCUCUCUGGGAGGCAGCCCGAAGCGGGGUCAGAGUGUGCUGUGCAACACCUACCUGGUUCCACGGUUGGGCAGGGGGCGCAGGAGAGGCUUUGCUGCCUUCUCGACUGCACGCUGCUGCCCUCUGGCGAAGGAAGAGGGGGAUGAGAGUGGUGAGGCUUUUCUCCUCCUACUGCUCUCCGAGCCCUCUUCAGACCCAGAGAUGGAGGAACUGCUCUCUUUUUGAAAAUUUGGGUACCGCUGGCUGUUGGACCAACAGGAGAACAGAAACAAACCCAACAAACAGGAUUUACCACCCGGCCCUCCUCCGGGGGGGGGGCAGCCCCCACCCAUCUCUGGGUCACCCGUCUCAGGGGUGAUUUUUCACUAACCACUUAAACAGUAGCAGAGACGGGAGGCGUCAUCUUCCUGCAGCGGACACAGUAGAGCAGACUGGGCCGGAGUGUUUUUUUUUGCAGGGGACGACACCCUUGGCAACGAGCAGACUGAGGGCCCACGAGGAACUCAAUGGUUUGUCGGGGGAGGCUCCCCGGUCUGCCACUAACUGAGGAGAACUGCUGGGCUCAGUCCCCAACAGUGUCACCGAAAAGGCCACCUUGUGAGAUGGGAGUGUCGAGAAAGCGUUUAGCUUGACGACCUCUUGCACCUCAGCAAGGUAAAAGCCAGUGGGGUGCUUCUGGACCACUGAGGUGGACAUCGUCUGGCCGAAGGCCUGCGCCUUGACUUUGAUCACGGUUAGUCAACAAGCGCAGCUCAACCCUGGCUCAGAACUACCCUCAUGCAUAAAGAGUGCCUUGGCCUCACAUGCAGGGUGGGUGUGGUCUGUGAACAGCCACCCCACCCAUAAGGGUGGUGAGAGAGUAAAAACUUAUGCAGAUUUUGGCACUUUUGGCGUUCCAUAUUUAUGGCACCGAUAUAGCUCCAUACUGCCAAGUUUUUCAUGCACAUCCGGAACACCCGGGAAAGCAUGGCUGUAAACUCCGAAUCUGAGUCAGCAUAAGCACACACCAUUACAGUGGGCAGCGUCACCCUCAUUUCCAGAGCAUAACAGCCCUCUCUCCGAUGCUGCAAUCGCUAGGUUCCCCUAUGAAAAGGACCAGCAAUCCAAUCCAGAAGCUGCACAGCAUGUAAUGCGCUAGAGAGGGAGGGGCCCUAGGGGGUUGGUUCCCCGAAGGAACCCCUCAACCUCAAGUCACCCAAGCCAUUUCACCAAAGUAGACCUCUUCUUGUGCACCAGAGAGGGCGCUACAAUGGAGAUUAGACAAGGAGACCGCGCAUCUAGAGCGCCGAGCGAGCGCUGGGUUGCCCUGACAACCCGCGCUGCAGCCCGACGGCUCGACUGCACACGACACGCAGAGGAGCGAGAGGUUUGCUCUCGCUGAUCUCCGCGGUCUCCCAGAGUGUCGGACAGACCCGCGGCUGUGCUUUUACACACACAAGCGGCAGCUGGCCAACAACAGAGGGGACUCAAGCUUCCCGGAGAAAGAAGAGUCACGACCGGCGUGUCGACGUGAUCAUGUUCUCAUACGAAAACAUGAACCACCCACAAACAUCGUUUCAGCACGCGCCCAGACAUGUGAAACAGUGAUCGUGGCCGUCAGUGAGGACAGGAAACGACCGCAUCCAGAAACACACAAAUAGAAUGUCAUCUUUAAAAAGACGCAAGCUCUACUUGUGUAAGCUCUUUUAGGGACUUUACUCUUUUAGAGUGCUGAAGCACGCAGGGGAACGGCCGCCGCAACACAGACAGGGAUUGUGUGCAGCCUGUUGUGUGCUCUUUCUCUCUUUGAAGGCGCUCACUCUUAUCAGCCGUAAAAACGGCUUUCAGCGCUCGAAGCGCACCGUACCGGCCGUGAGAACAGCCUUCUGACGCUGUCAAAACAGCUAUUUGCUCUAUAAUGGCAAACGAAACAAAAAACAGAAAAUAAAGAGAGGACUUCGACCCCGCUGCUGUGCUGUUCGCCCGAAGUUCGCCCGAAAAAAGAGAAGUUCAAUCAAAAAGCUUGACUCGUCUUCUAGCAGACACUUGCUUGCAGAGAACAGGAACAAACACCGUUCGGCUCCGAAGCGAAAAGCUGAAGAUGCAACGCACCUGCUGCUCGUUAUAUACCCGCGCUGCGAGGCGAGCAGCUGAUGCAUAUGAUUGCAUGCCAAUGUGCAUUGGCUCGUUGUAGUUACACUCGAAGUAGAUUGGCCUCUCUAGCGAGAUUCCUAUUCGUCGGUCUGUCCGACUGAAUGGAAACCACAUUUUUAUAGAUUGUCCAGACAACAAGAAAAAGUAAGAUUUUUUUUUUGUCCUCAACUAGGCUAAAAGUUGAAUGAACAAGUAUAAUUGUUGUUUCAACUUGAAAACGCAGGUUGAAACAACUGCACUAUAUUUUCUGCGGGCUUUAACUUCCAUGUAUCACCAUCACCAUGUAUUCCAGGUCUCCGUCCAGUCUGUUUCCUGUCCUCGUGGUGAUGAUUAGGCAACAGACACCUUCACCUCCUCUGGAAAGUUCAUUGUAAUUAAUAAUGGUUUAAAACCAAUCCGAUCAAAUUAUUAUCUGAAUUAGAUGAAUUGUUGCAGUUUUUGCACAGUAUAUCCACUUGUGGUUUUUAGAAUGACGGCACAUUUCAGCAAUUCUUGCUAAUGAAAUAUCUUUCAUUGCUAAUGAAAUAUCUUGAUAAACAAUUAACAUGUAGCCUACACUUGUCUUUGUGUGUUUCUAGUCAUUAAUGUUUCAUUUUUACUUCAGACCAAACAUAACCUACUAUUUUUGUCACUUCAGUUUAAUCAGUGAAACAUAAUUGUAUGAUCCAAUUCACAUUGGCACUGUUAUCCAAAACACUUAAGAUAUAUACAUUUUUAUCAGUUCAUACAAUUAAAUUGAAUUCUAGCACCAUGAGCUACAUGAACAUUCUGUGGCAGGAAAGACUCUGCGAUGACACAUCUGUAAUCAUUUCAUCAAUUCUGCUGAAGGCCAAUUAUCAGUGCAGCAAAUCAAUGUAGUGUCAGGGUUUGCUGUCUGUUACCAACAAUCUGUCAGCAAGACUAAGAAGACAUACCAAGAUCAAGACUCGGCUUGUCCCAGUGCAUUAACAGCUCAAAAAUGGAGAAUGUGACCAAUGCAACAACCCAGACAGAAGCCUUAUCAAGCAUUGAAAUCUUCAAUAUAUUCAUAUAUUUUGUCACCUUCGUUCUGGGUAUCGUUGGAAAUGGGCUCGUCAUAUUUGUGACUGGCUACAAAAUGAAGAUGACCGUCAACUCCAUUUGGUUUCUCAACUUGGCGAUUGCACACUUCAUCUUCACCUUAGUGAUCAUCCUCUACAUUGUUUCCGCCUUUAACAAGAUGGCUUGGCACUUCGGUGACUUCAUGUGCAAGUUUGUCAGCUUUGUGGCGGUGCUAUACAUGUUUGCCAGCAUUUUUUUGCUCACCGCUAUCAGUCUCGAUGGAUGUCAGUUCACUUGGAUGAUUGUUUGGGCUCAAAACAAGCAAACUCUGGUCAAAGCCUGGAUCAUCUGUGCACUCGUGUGGGUUUUAUCCAUCCUCUGCAGCAUUCCCUUUGUCAUCAACCGCUUGGAAAAAGAUAACCAAUGCACGUAUAAUACCUUGAGUAUCUUCAGGUCUCUGGUCAUAUAUAGGUUUAUAGUGGGUUUUCUCAUCCCCUUCCUGAUCAUUGCAUCUUCACACAUUGCUAUCGGAGUGCGGGCCAGACGUCUCAAAAGAGGAAAGAAGCCCUCUUUCUGGGUCAUUAUAUCUGUGAUCAUGGCCUUUUUCAUAUGCUGGUUUCCUUUUCAUGUUCAACAGCUGUGUACUAUAAUUGCAUAUGAGAAUAAUUGGAGUGACUUUAAAAAAGUAAUAAAUGACAUAGGACCUUUCGUAAACUGCCUGGUUCAUCUCAACAGCUGUCUGAACCCCAUUCUCUAUGUGUUCUUGUGUGAGGAGUUUAGGAAGAGGCUUAAACAGUCUCUGCUGCACUGUACACCCAGAUAGUACUACUAACUUAUAAAGACUGAAUAUGCUGCAAUUAAAGUCUGUUAAAUCAUUGAUGCAACUUACAUUUUCUGACAGAGGAGUUUAGUUUUAUUUUUGUGUAGCUCAACAUUUUUGAGUAAACCCUUGUCUUAAAUUAUUAUUUUUAAGUUUACUGAGCAAUAUAAAGUGAUGUCAUCCAUGACACGUUGCUGAUGUUACCGACGUUAUCAGAAGAGUCCAUUCAACAUUAAACUGAGUUGCAGCAGAUUUCAAGUUUCCAGCAUGCUUUGUGUCACACUCUGUAAGGGGGAAUAAAUGUUGGAAUUAAGUGUUAUUUUGUGUGUUUUUGCACAAGAUUAAUACAGGGGAAGAUGUCUUUUUGUUUAAUGUUCUGAUAUUUUGGUAUGUAAAGGUGUUUCUGUGAUGUUGAAGUUUUGUAGGGUUACCAUCAUGGUGAAGAGUAGUGCCUGUAGUUAGGUCGAGAAUAGGUUGUGAAAUGUCAAGACUAUAAAUACUGCAUGUUGUUUAACAGUUCAUGCAAGUAAAUAAUGAUAGUCUCUUUGAUGAUUACAUUAGUGCAUACUAGUGUGAUGUUGCUAACUAACAUUUAUCUGUAAAGAUUAGGUGUUAAUAUAUUCAAUAUUUCAAUUAAACUGUAAUUAUUUAAUUUGUAUAGUAUAAAAUAAUCUUUGAGUUGUUUGUUGUAAUAUUUUGAGUAUUCUGAACUUAUUGGGUUUUACAACCACUGAAUCAAAAUAAUUGAAAAAUAAGAAACAUUAUGUAUGGUAAACAAUAGUUUUAAGUACAGUGGACUUAAACAUUAAAUAAAAGUAAAAUAAAAAAACUCAA